CCAAGAUGGCGGCGUGCGGACGACGUGUCGCAAAGUUGUGGCUAGCUAUUUUACUUUUAUGUACAUUUGUGUGUUCUCAUGGACAAAAAUUAGAUGACAGUCGGAGCAACGAUGGAAAUAUCCACAGGGAAAAAAGAGCGGCAAUAGAUAAUUCUCUUGGUGGCAAUCGAAAACCGUUUGGCAACAAUAAUUUUGAUGGGAAACCGGGGAACCCGAAAUUCCCUCAAAGAAAUAAUGGCGUUGGCAACAACCUACUAAACAAUGAAGUGCCAUACGUGAAUAAACAACCAAUGAAUCAGAAGCUCGGAGGUUCAUUUCCAAGAAAUACAAACUUUCAACCAAAACGCGCAGGAAAUGUGGACCAAAUGCACAAGGCUCCACGUAAAGGAUUCCAGAUCAAAAUAGUAGAUUCUGAAGAGUGUGGAGCAGAAGUUCGGAAAUAUUGUGGGCAAAAUUUGUGGGACAAGAACUUCAUGGUUCUUGAUUGUUUGCAGAAUGAUCUAAAGAUGGAUACAGAAUUGAGCAAGUCAUGCCAGCAUUUCCUGUGGAUGUACAAACGAAAUUUGACUAAGGAUGAACGAUUUGAACAUGCUUCACAAGAUGUCUGCAAGGGAGAACUACAGUCGAUCAAGGAUUGCAGUGACUUACAGAGAGGCAAGGGUACAAUCAUCUCCUGUCUGAUUGAAAACUUUGAUAAUGUAACCUCAGCAUCUUGCCGCCAGUUCCUGAACAAGAUGGCUACCAUUGUGUUCAGUGACUAUAGGCUCAUUUACCACUUUGCUGAGGAUUGUUUUGAUGAUAUCAGCAAGACUCGUUGCGGCCGGAGUGAGGGUGAUGACGAUGAAGCACUGCACACCCAGGGACGUACGUUAUCCUGUCUAGCUGAGAAAAUGACAAACCUGUCUGGCAAAUGUAAGGUCCAGGUAUUGAGAACAUAUGAACUUCAAUCUGAUGACUACCACCUUGACCGACCUCUCUACUACGCCUGUAGAGAAGACAGGGAGCAUCUGUGUGCCACGGUAACCGCCGGGGGCGGCAAAGUCUUCAACUGCCUUUACAGCCAUGUUGCAGAUAAAGCCAUGAGCCAUGAGUGUCGUGAAAAGAUCGAGCUGAGGCAGAAGCUUAUUUCCCAGGAUGUGAAAAUGGACAAGAGCUUCUACAGGGCAUGCAAGCAUGACAUUGAAAAGAAUGACUGCUUUGUUGGAUCUAGUACAAAUGGGGACACCAAACGAGCCUCAGUCCUUCUUUGCCUGGAGAAUGCAUCCAAAUCAGGGAAGAAGCUGAAGGGCAAGUGUGUGGCCCAGAUGGAGGAUGUGAGGAAGAUGCUGAUGGAGGACUACAGGUUGUCCCCCAACCUUGUGGCCAGGUGUGGCGAGGAGAUCAAGAAUCACUGCAGUGAUAAGGACAUCGGAGGAGAAACUCUUCACUGCCUUAUGGGAUUGGCCAAAGAAGUUACAGAUAAGCCCAAGAUCUCACCUGCUUGCACAAGAGAGCUUGAAGCCCUGAUGAUGGAGACAGAUGUGGGUUCCGACAUCAAGAUAGACCGUGCCCUCCAGCGAGCAUGUCAGUCAGUUGUCGACAAACUCUGCGAUGACGUCCACCCAGGAGAUGGAGGUGUCAUCAACUGUUUGAUGGAGAAUAUUGACAGUGAUGAUAUGACUGACUCUUGUGAAGAGAAGCUGCUGGAGAUACAGUUCUUCAUCAUGAGAGACUUUAGACUUGAUAAUCAGAUGUUCAGGAGAUGCCGUCAGUUCGCAAAGGACCUCUGUGAAGCCCCUGUUAACUGGCAUGAAAAAUCAUCCAAGAAGGCAGGCGAAGUACUUGCCUGUCUGUACCGCCACCUACGGAAACCUAGACAAGAAGAAAAGAAGGUAUCACGGGCCUGCAAGCAGGAGAUCAAGAGGGUGAUGAAGUCCUAUGCUCUCAGUGUGGAGCUCAACCCCGAGGUACAGGCCAAGUGCCUGUCUGACCUGGGCAACUUCUGCUCCAACAACAAGGGGGACACAGCUGUGGGGGCGGAAAUGGAGUGCCUGCAGAACAACUAUGACGAUUUGAGUGAGGGCUGCCAAAAGGUGAUCGGGGAACUGGUGGAGGAUGAGGAUGAAGAUAUUGAGCUUGACCACAUCCUCAUGAAGUCCUGUACACCCAUGAUCAAGAGGUUCUGUAAUGAGCUGCUGGACAGUGAUGCUGAUCCCGGGGAUGUCCUAGAGUGUCUCAUUGAACACAAGAACAACCAUGACAUGGACUCCAAGUGUGCUGCAGGAGUGGAGCAUCACCAGCUGAUCACACAGAAGGAAUUCAAGUUCAAUCACAAGUUCAAGGAGGCUUGUCAAAAAGCUGUGACAAAGUUCUGCCCCUACAAGAAAACAAAGUUGGAAGUCGUAACAUGUCUCAGUGAACAUGUUCGCAAUGACACUUUGUUGGAUAAGGAUCAGAGAAUAGAGAAGCCAUGUCGACACCAGCUUCGCCUUCAGAUCCUGCAAAGGGGAGAGAGUAUCGCUCUCGAUCCAGAACUGCAGGGUAAAUGCAAGGACGAUAUCCGCGAUCAUUGUGCUAAUGUUGCACCUGGAAAUUCUGCAGUUAUGGAAUGUUUGAAGAAAAGACAGGCCCACUUGAGUCAACCUUGCCACAGACUACUCUUCAAGAGAGAGAAAGAUGAGUUUGCUAUUGCUGACUAUGGGCUGCUGUCUGCUUGCAAGAAGAUGAUCAAGGAUUACUGUGAUCCCGAUGAUGAUCAGCCACAAAUUCUUCGCUGUCUGAAAAAAGAAAAGAAUAACCCUGACUUUGACGCCAAAUGUAGAUCAGUAGUGAUCCGGAGAGAAAUCAUGCAGAGUAAAGACUAUCGCCUGAACCCCUCCCUGAGGAAGUCCUGUCACCUGGACAUUGGCAAGUUCUGUGCAGGGUUGGUGGAUCAGCAUAAGCAGGAUGUGGAGCUUGAGGGCCUCGUCAUCAGCUGCCUCAAGAAGCAGUACGCUGCCAAGCGUCUGUCCCGGGAGUGUGACAUGGAGAUCACCGAGAUCAUCCAGCAAGCAGCAGGGGAUAUCCGUGAGGCGCCCGUCCUGGAGAAGGCUUGUAUGGGUGAGAUCAAGUUGCACUGUCAAGAUAAGCUGAUGGAAGAUACCGAGAAGGGCUCUGAUGAGGAGCUGCAGAUCAAAGAAGCUGGGAAGGGACAAGUUGAGGAAUGUCUGAAAGAAAAAUUCCGUCAACGGAAGCUGACCGACAAAAACUGUAUCAAGGAGGUGUCCUACCUUAUCCAGGAGGAGGAGAUUGACGUCAAUGUGGACCCUAUUCUGAAGAUAGGCUGUCAGAAGGAGCUGAAUAGACUCUGUCGAGGCGUGAGAGCUGGGGAGGGCAGAAUGAUGUCCUGUCUGCUGUCUGUGCUGGAGGAAGACCCCAAGUCCAUGUCUGACAAGUGCCGGACCAUGUUACACAACAGGAAAGAGAUGUGGGAAUACGCUGCCCAGGUUGCUCCUAUUGAAGGUUUCCAAGAGAUUUACUCCGCGAUUUCCGAGUCCCCAGCUAAAUUCUAUAUUCUGGGAGUUUUGACAGCAGUUGUGUGUAUGAUCUUCGUGUUUGGAAUUGGGUGUGGACGAGUCACCAAGCGAGUUCGAGCAGAGAUGAAGAACAAAUAAUAUCAUGUGUACAUGUGAAAAUAACACUUAACCCUGUCACUGACGACAAGAUCAAGUCACUUGGUCGAGAUUUGUUAUUGACAGGGUUAAUAGGAGCGUGGGAGGGGUGACCCCUCAGUGACAAGUUCUCUGUGAUUCAUUGAGUUUUAAAUUCACUUCUACCUUUCAUCCUUUCAUUGAUAGAUACUAGCACUUUCAUUGACUGCAAGGUUGGUCAGUGAAAGGGUGGAUGGGAUCAAAUCCUGUAUCUUAAGUCAUCUCUCAGUAAAAGGGUUCAAGACAUCAUGAUAAUCAUUGCAGUAUUUUAACAUAUGUAUAGACAAGCUUAAUUAACAUGCAGUUAGGAGGAGGUCGUCCUGUCAUGUUGGAAAGUCACAAUGCAGUUUUGAUUUUGAACUCAUUUUGAUGUCAACAGUAUUCAUUUCCAAUCAAAGAAAUUAAUACAGUGAUAUCUGAUUGUUAUCCUAGCUUUUUUUUUUCUGUAUUAUUUUUGUCCAUGAAAUCAUCUGCAUUGAACAGUUAACAUAGUUAUGGGUGUACUGAGAAUAAUCAUGUCAUCUGCCAGUAUUUGCAUCAACUGGAAUUGUUCACAUGAAAUUGCAUCUACUUCCUCCUUUUUGACGUAUCUCCCAAGAUAUGCUGUUUAAGACAGCAUAGUUGUUGUUCAGUUUUUACUCACCAUAUUUCAAUUUGAGUUAGAACAUGCGUUAUGUUGUAGUUUGAACACUUGACAGUAGCAAUCUCAUUCAAAUAGGAUGUGUCAGAUGAUUUUUCCCAUCCAGUCAGUGUUAAGGCUUCCACAUUCACAGAUUAGAGAACAAAAGCAUUCUGAGCAGUGUAUUUCAUAUCUGUGUCUGGAAAAUGUACACAAAAGGGCAGCUCUGAAUGGAAAAAAUAAAGGCCACACUAUUAUAGUGUUUGGAAUAUUUAGUACCCUGUCGUGAGCAUCUACACCCCAAUGGGAGUAUAUUUGAUGAAAUAUUUGUAUUUUUGUGGGUUUUUCUUCUGUUAAAUUCAAAAUUUCCUGGUGUUAUAGAAAUGAAGCUCAAUGCUUUUGAAAGAUGACACUUGAAACAUCUGGUUUUAAUGAGAUUGGCUGUAUUGCUGUAGUUGGUCCUCCAGCUUACCUCUGAAGCCUUGCAUAAUCACAACACACCCGGGCCUGUCAGUUCUCUGAAGACAUUCCGAAGCAGUACACCUUUCAGAGCUGACAUACUGCCUGCCUGCCCGCCCGCCUGCCUGCCUGCCUGCCCUCCCUGUGUGUACUGUAUCCAGCAGUGACUACACACAACCUCUCCUAGUUCAUAGCUGCCAAAUGUCCCUAAUGUUUCUUAUUUUGGUAUGAAUUUGCAACUAAAAUAUAAAAAUCUGAUUUCUUCCUUAAUUCAUACAAAUAAUAUGGCAAUUACCACAAAAAAAAUCACAAAGACUAAGUUUCAUAGACGCCAGUAAAGAUCCUUACAUCGUCUGCUUCAAAAACGUUUUGUUUAUUGACGGUACAAAGUCUACUGUGCUUCAACAAUCAAGACACACCACUCGUUUGGUGUAGUCGAAAUAGAAAAAAAUUAUCCACUGUUUUUCGAAAUCAUAUGGAUGUAUUGUACUGAAGACAAUUUAUAUCAUGGGGCCGUGGUGUGCCGACCAGAAGAUCGUAACAAAAUACUAAUGUUAAGUUGGACAUGUUGGCAGCUAUGCUAGUUGUGGCUCUUCAGGUACACAUGUGGAAUAAUGUGUUGGAUGUGUUGAAGGUGUUAUUUAUGCAAACAUCUACAUGAACGGGUGAAACUUCACUUUGUGGCUAGAGCAUUGAUAGUUGGAUUUGACCCCAAGUCUUUGUUUAUAAUAUGUGAAAUCAUGUUUCAGGUUUGUUUUUAGUAGCAAUCAUGUAAAUUAUGUUGUUUUUUCUGUUUGUUUUAUGAGAAUAGCACUGUUGGGCUAGGUAAAAUAUGUGCCCAAACUAGGUAAGAUGAAACAUUCUCUCCAAAACUAAAUGCUACUGAUGAAUUGUCUUGUUCAAAAUUUAGUGUGAAUGUUUAUUAUUUUAUGUUUUCCCCAUUUUGUUUUCAGCACUGUGUUUUAAUGAUUUGGGAUAUGUUUCUAGUCCGAUGGUGGUAGUUGUAGGGCUUCACUUGUUGGUUCGCACAGCACGUAACUGCAACACUCUGUGUCAGAAUUUCAGGACCUUUAUUACAAUGUAUUUUCAUUGAUGUCUGUUGAUAUUAUAUUAAAUAAGAAUGUGAGGGCACAGAUAGCUCAGUUGUCUAAGACACCACAGUGGCACCAUGUGAUUGUUGGUUUGAAUCCCGGUUCGUCCUGGUUAUGUUUCUAGGUUUGUCAGCAGAGUACUGAUACUCAUGGUAAAUGUCGAAGACCAGCAUCACUUCAGGCUUUCUUCUCCCAUCAAGCUGACAUAAAAUACUGUUCACUCAAAGAUAUUUCCCCCACUUUUUUAUGUUAAUGAACCUGCUACGUUACCUAGCCCCAAUACUGAUUUCCUAGGGACCUCCUUCCUAAGGUUGACUUGGCCAAGGGGUAGUGACAGUUUGCAUGCCCGUGCUUCAUUUCUUUGUAUUCUAAUCUUUCGUAUGUUUUUGUUCUUGAACAAGGAAACCAUAAAAGUUCCAUUUCUACGCAUCAUGUUUGAAGAAAUGUUCAUUUCUCACAUAUAUUUACUUCAACACAGAAACCAUCCAUGCAACAUUUGAAGACAUGAAGCCAUGAUGUUAUUUUUGUUUGAUUGAUAUUGGAUAAGAUGUUAUUUAUUGUCAGCAAGUACUACUUAGCACAUUGUGUUGUAUACUCAGUACGCUGUCAGGUCAAGAUACUGUUGUACCCGUGUGCCGCUUUCAGAACAGACUUUAUAUCACCUCAGUGAAUCUACCCAAAUGAGGGUGCAUUUGUUUGUGUCAGUCACAUCCUUGAUUCUACUUCUUGUGGCAUAUUACUACGUUUCUUGACUCUGUUAGAUAAUGGUCGCUGUAUCCUGAUUUUACUAUAAUUGUUAUGCUAUGUGUUUAUGAUUUACAUGGCGAAACCAUUGUAGCUCUGUGUGGGUAACCAAAUCAUUGUGUUGAUGGUCUUGCCUAGUGCCUUGCAUGCUUGCCCUGCAAGACUAAAUCAGAAUGGAACAAAUAUGAAGUAAGCCGAAAUCAUACAGUGAAACCUCGUUAGUCUGGACCCCUGUUAAAAUGGAUAGCUACUUUUUGGAACGUAUUCAAGAAAUUUGUUAUCGGGUGAUUUUACUGAAAAUCUGGAUGAAUAUGGAUUCUUUGUAGGUACAUAUAUUUGGUUGAUUGUCCCAUGAGGCGUAUAUGACUGAUAUACUGAGGUUCAUGUAAUUUACUAAUGGUCUAAGUUAGUAGAUGACCAAAAUUUGUUCAGUUUGAGGAGUUGCAUGUACAGGUAUGAUUGAGAGACACAUUAACCUGGGAUUGACAGAGGGUUGGUAGUUUAGUUGUUUAGAUGCUGAUGCUGUUGUUGUUUGUAUUUGUUAAGCAUCGGAACAAAACUAUUAAAUUUGGAAGUGCGGGAUUAGAGCAAAAUUUCAAAUCUUUUUUUGUUUUAUGUAUCAUGAACAAAAGUAGAAAGUAGGUUUUCUGUUUCAUCGGUGUCACAUUUGGUGACAGAUGUCUGUAAAUACUCAUGUCAGUACCAUGUUUGUCAUUGGGCUAAAAGUGAUGGUCUCUUGAUAAUCAAUUAAUUACUGUUGCCCUUCUAUUAAAAUGAAAAAUAAAUAAUUGCGUUUUCAUUAGGAGUACAAGCCACGAUAUGUACAGAGGUUUAAUUUGGCUCAUCUUGUUCAGUUGUCUUGGAAUAAGAAAAGGAUUAGGCACAUUUCGUUUUCAUUUCCAUUUAAAAAAUCAAAUCAAAUCCUUAAAUUUUCCACAUCUUGAACAGUAAAAUGCUGCAAUACUUAUAAACAAUGCGAUCCAUUGUUUGUGUGCUUGUAUUUGCCGUUUGCAAAUUUCGUCAAUGAAAACAUGAUAAACAAUAAAACAUCACUAGACAAGAUACAAAUUCAGUGGUAUUAUUGUAUUCCGGAUAAUGUUUCAUACAUGUGUAGAUCUAUUUGCAAUCAGCUGUUCACACAUAAAUAAUACUUGAUGUCCUGGCCAGUGUCAUAACUAUAUUUUCAAAAGCUAUUGCCUGACAACCAAUUAUAUAUUUUUUAAGCCUCAGUGAUGCGUUUUAUCAAAAGGUAGAUCGACGAUAUUCGAACUGGAAAUGUUUUAUCAAUGGGCCCCCUCCUUUUUCAUGUCAAGAUAGAUAGUAUGUUUGUUUUGUUUAGUCCCUGUCUACUCAAAGCUGAGAUAGACUCUGUAUAAUGCUUUGGCUACUGUGGUACAAUAUAACUUUUUUUGUAAAAUGAAAUAUCAGUUCUAUCACUCUGCAAGUCCCUGUUCCAAGAUAAUAAAAGUUGGCCUUUUGAUAGUGGCUACUGUACAUGGCUUCAUGUAAUUCGUUUGUGAUAAUUUAUUGAAUAUGAAGCAAUAGAUUUUCAAUAUCAGUAUUGUUGGUUGUAUCAAAAAAAGAGUUGUUUGUGAUUUCCAAGUUUUGUUGCAUAAUAGUGGUUGUUUUCGGGUCACAUCAAGCAAAAUGUCACCAUACAUGUAUUUGCAGGAGUUUGAUUGUCUGGUUUGUGUUGGACUCGUUUGAUUAUGUUCCAAGUUUGUUUACUGCAUACGUUGCACCUUGAGCAUGCUCAAUCACACUCACAAGAUCUGGAAACUAUGAUGCCAAUUUACUCAAAGAAUUGUAUUUGGAAAAAAUCAGUGAUCCGGGUGGCAAAUUCUGUAACAUUCUUGAAGGUUUAGAGUGCAUUGAGUUUGAGGAUUAAACAAAUUGCUGUUCAUAUGAGAUUCAAACAAAAGCCCCCAUCAAAGACUUCGAAAUUUGUCUUUUAACUUGAUUGGCAGUAAAAGGCUCACAUGAAUUUGAUGUGCAGUUUUUUGGCUUUUAAUAACAUAAGUAAAAUCAGUUACUAAUUGUGAGGCUUUCAACCAAACGGCAACAUUUAUAAAAUUGCCCCCAGUGUCACGUCAGAAUCGGAGUUGCACAUACAUACCAAAGAUGCAUCAUUUAUCAGCAAGACUAAUCAUAUUUAAUGUUUACUCAUGGUAAAAUGGGUUUAUAUAUUCUUGAACUAAUCACCUACAUGGUAAUUUUGAUCAGUGCUGUUUUCAAGGAAUGUAAUGCAUGUUGUAUUUUGCUAGAUGUACAUAGUUAUGACCUGUUAAUUUACUUGUAGAUGUGUGAAAGCUAGGACCAAGAAGUUUGUGAAAACUAGGCUUCUGUGCCUAUGAAGUACAGUGGAGCUUGUUGUCAUCUGUGUGAAACAAUUUGGGGCUUAGAAUGACUGACAAAUAUGUAAAAAGUUUCUGCUACUGCUGCUGUACAUGUGCUUCAUCCAGGUGACCCAUAACCUCUGCUUCUGUGUCCUAUGCUGACUCCACAUCAGAUUACUGCUUGUCACAGCUCGUCCCAUACACACCAGGCAAGCAAUUAAUGGGCUGCUCCUGACGUGCUUGUACAUAUAUACAUACAAACAUACCCUCAGCUUUCAUGCAGCACUUCUCUACUUGAGUUAUACAUGUUUGGUAAUGUUAGUUUGUACUCUAAUGUACAACUAUUGUAGGGGGAGCUUGCCUCUGCUACUGGUCUUACAAAAUGUGUGGAGAAGAUUAUGUAGUAUCGAUUCUUGAGCCGGUAGCAGGUGAUGAGGUAACUGCAAAAUUUCCAUCAAGUGCCAGUUGAGUUACCAUGGUUACUUGUGAGCUUCUCCCUUGUCCCCAACAGUGGAAAAUACCAGGUGUGAGGGAUAGUCACUUUUACCAUAGGGGGGUUGUGGUAAUGAAUGACCCACUUAUUUUUCUACUUGUUCGUCAUAUGCUUGUUGUAACAGGGGUGUGUUGGAUGUAAGGAUUUCUAUAAUAAAGUUACUUCAACCACAA